GGGGGGGGUAACUGGCGUGCUCGUACGGCGUGAUGGCUUGUAUCAUCCGGCACCCAGAUUACAGAAACGGCGCUGUUUUGCUCCGUGGUGUAGUGCAUUAUAAGCCGCCUCCAUCGCGGCCAAAUCGCCGCAAUCCGAGCCUUUUUAUUAAGCUUUAAUAGUUGCGCCCCCCCGACCCAUUUAUGCAAUUUCGGACGAAGCAUCGGUUAGCUACUGUGCUGUACUAGUUAAAAAAAAUAACAGGCGCUAAAGCAAGAAGGCACCAGGCCAGAUAGGUGUUCCGCAGUAAUGUGAGAUGCGAAGGAAAAAAAACACUACUUUUAUCGCGUAGCUAGUUAUUUAUGCUAUAUUUCGUUUCGAAUCAUUAUUAUGUAUAGUUCAUUUUGAAAUUAACGGUACUGCAGCACUUUCAAAAUAGCUGGCCGUACAUGUAUAUGUCUGGCUGAAUUACUGACUGUCCACUUCCGGGAAUUUUGUAAUUAAUUGCUCAUUGCGGCAUACCUGCAUUUUUCACCGUGAUUUAUAAUUUCUUGUGGCACAUACAUUUCUUUAUUAAACUGGGUUUUAUACCUCGCGAUUUCUUCAGAUGCCAGUCAUAACUGAUUUUACUUUUAAAGUUUCCCCAUUAGGUAAUUUUGCUGGGUAAUGACCUUUGCAGGGGAAUCAUCUAUGUGAAGGAGUCGUGCCCCUUCAGAGUUCAGAAUGACUAAUGAGGAACCUCUACCAAAGAAGGUUCGCCUUAGUGAGUCUGACCUGAAGACACUCACCAGAGAGGAGCUAUGUGCCAGGUGGAAGCAGCAUGAAGCCUAUGUCCAGUUGCUGGAGGCGAAAUAUGCAGAUCUGAAUUCCAAUGACCUGACUGGUCUGAAGGAGUCAGAGGAGAAGCUGAAGCAGCAGCAGCAGGAGUCGGCAAGAAGGGAGAACAUCCUGGUCAUGCGGCUCGCCACCAAGGAGCAGGAGAUGCAAGAGUGCACGACCCAGAUCCAGUAUCUGAAGCAAGUGCAGCAGCCCCGCGCCGCCCAGCUGAGGUCCUCCAUGGUGGAUCCGGCCAUCAACUUGUUUUUCCUUAAAAUGAAGAGUGAACUGGAACAGACUAAAGACAAACUGGAGCAAGCCCAAAAUGAACUGAGUGCCUGGAAGUUUACACCUGAUAGCCAAACAGGCAAAAAGUUGAUGGCGAAAUGCCGGAUGCUCAUUCAGGAGAACCAGGAGCUGGGCAGGCAGCUCUCACAGGGCCGCAUUGCCCAGCUGGAGGCCGAGCUCGCCCUGCAGAAGAAGUACAGCGAGGAGCUGAAGAGUAGUCAGGACGAGCUGAACGACUUCAUCAUCCAGCUGGACGAGGAGGUGGAAGGCAUGCAGAGCACUAUCCUGGUCUUGCAGCAGCAGCUUAAGGAGACACGUCAGCAGCUGUCCCAGCAGGGCCAGGUGUCGUCGUGCCACACCCCCGGCCCGUCUGACAUGCCGGCCAAAGACUGCGGGAGGGUGGCCAAUGGACCCGCGGGUGGCAGUCCCCCACUCUACGGGGAGGUCAGCAGCAUCGAAGACGACUCACCAGCCUCGCCGGGUGGCCAGGCCAAGCUGACCAACCACUCUGAGGAGCAGCCGGGGCAGGGGACCGGCUAUAUGAACCAGCUGAGCGGAGGCUACGAGAGCGUGGACUCGCCCACGGGGAGCGAUGCGUCUCUCACGCAACACUCGAACGACACAGACUCCACUACCGACCCCCAGGAGGAUAAGGCGGCCGGUGGCAAGGUUAGAACUGGGGGUUCCCGCCAUGCCCAGAAUGGCCUGGACUCCAGCGCGAGCUCACACAGCACGGUUUUGUAACAUUCUUUACACAUCAGCUUUUUAUAUCCAACAAAUAGUGUCAUUAAACGUUUUGGCUGAGGAUACUGUCCACAGUUGCUGGGACUCAUCAUUUUUUGUUUUUUGUUUUUUUUUCCUUUGUAUUUUUUCUUCGCUUCUCGUGGUAUCUCUGCCGCAGUUGAAACUUUUAAUUACGUCGCUAAACGAGAACAGUAAAAGCAGUGGAUUAAUGUAGAUUUGAGGGUUUUUUUUUUUUUUUAAACCAUUUAACUGAACACUUCAGUGCUUUGAAAGCUUUUGAACAUGCCUGGUUCAGUGCAGCCCUUGUGUACUAAGAAUCCUGAUAAGAAUUUUUUUUUUUUUUUGCAUCUAGCAAUUACAGCUAUGGCCAACAAAAUGAUGACACCACAGGUUCUGUCUAGUUAUUUUAAAUAGCAUUGCCAAUGUUCAGGGUGUCCUUAGUUUCUUGGUGUUAAGCUUCAUUUUUAUUUUCUUCCCAUUCUAGGCAGACUUCUGUUUGACUUGUGUGUAGUUCUGCAUAUACCAUGUGAAAUUCCUAUUAUUCUGAUUCAGCCCUUUUCAUGUACUGACCAAAUAUCAAUAAAAACUUUUAAUAAUAUGGCUCUCUAAUUUCUCCCCAUAUUUGUUUCACAUGCAGCGGGGUUAUUCGCCUGGCAUGUACGUUUGAGUCUGAUAGUCCUGGUUGUUGAGUUGUCCCUAUCCUGUCGGUGUCAGCUAAACUGGCCAUAUUUUAAAAGCAAGUUCGAUGCAGCGACCUCACUCAAGCAGGAAGGAUGUCCCCUUGGUUAUGGUGCUCUGGAAGCUGCAGACUCGAAACCGUUUUCUGCUCUCAUGUCUGUUAUGCAGCUCAAUGCUUCUUACUGUACUCACAACAAUAUGAGCAACAGGUUUAUAAUCGACACGUGCGCCGUGUAGAAUGGGUGAGCUUUAGAGAACGGACUUUCAAUGUAGUGAUGUUAAGAUGUGUUCUAACUUAUUUUUGUAAUGCCAUUUUUUUUCCUGUCAGACUUCAUACACAAUUCAAAUUGUAAUGGGAUCUGUUUAAUGUCAAAGCCUGAACCAUAGCUUAGUAGCUGUGUAGUACAUUGGUGUUACAGGGUUUGGGAAUAAACAACUGAAAAUA